AUGAGCUUGGCCCAAUCGGCCGUUCAAGGAACCACCACCGAAGCCUCUUCUUCUUCUUCUUCGGAUGUUCCGCCAACAAUGCUGACGAAGUCCGCCAUCGCGUACAACGACGACGACGGCGACGCCCUGGGGAACGACGACGACGAGCCGGAACCGUUCCCCGAACCGUUCCCCGUCAGGCGCAGCGCCGCCAUCGCGUACAACGACGACGAUGGCGAGGCCUUGGGCCACGACGACGAAGCUUUCCUCUUCAGCAACAGCACCGACACCAGCUACUCCGACACGUCCACCUACGACUACUGCGACAGCGGCGACGCCUGGUGCGGAACGGACGACCUCUGCCAAGAGUGUCAGUCCCUCACCACCUCCGGCGGGAGCUUGACGUGCCGGGAGGCCUACCCCGCGGCCGCCGCGAGCGGCAAUAGCAGCGCGUGCGAGCAGCUCGCUGCCACGUUCUGCUGUUACUACGGAGACGCCUCCACGGCCCAGCGCUGCCUGGGCAACGAGCCCACGGCCCUCUACUGGGAGUGCGUCCUCACCGGCCCCGCUUUCGGCUGCUCUCUGGAAGACAUGCCGUGCUACAGCGGCAACUCGAGCGCCGCGCAGACCCAACCCGUCCCCAGCCCGUCUCCCACAGAGGCGGCGACGACUGCGCCCGUGCAGUUCGGUCCCGGAGACGGUGACGGCGGCGAGGCUCCGGCGGCGACUCGAUCGCCGGUGGCGGGCAACGACGACACUGGAAGCGGCGGCAUUGGUGCUGGUAGCGGCUUCAACUCGGCAGGCACCUCGUCGGGCGGGGGCGACUUCGACGGGGCUGCGGAGGAGGCGGGGGACGGCGCCGCUCGCGUUGCUUGGUCCACAGCAACGGCCGUGCCCCGCGCGGUUGUUACCCUUGGCGUCACCCUUUUCCUGGCGGCGAGGCAUGCUGCUGCAAAGUAG